UUAAAUGAGCCUCGUUCAGGAGCAUUUCGUUAGUUCAGACACGGACGGAGAGCAGACAGAGACGGACUCUCCUCCUCCUCCUCUUCCUCCUCCUCCAUCUCUCUCUGUCUCUGUCUCCAUCCAUCAUCCAUGCAUCUGCGUCUUUUGGAUACCUACCUCUCCUAGAGCGCGUCUGGAUCAGUCCAAUCCUCCACAUGUCAUCUCCAGUGUAGUCUCUCCACUGGAAGCUGUACUGGUGAUGAUGAUGAUGCCUGGCUGAAGGGCUCGCAGCAGUCUUCAUCCUCCAGACUGACUGAGGAAGAGGAGCUCGGAUGCUUUUUCCCUCUUGGAGAGCAGCUCUGCGUAAUAUGGAUUUACGGUUGUCAGAGAAAAGUUGGAUUUUGUGAUUUUGAGCCCCCCGUGGAGAGCGUAAAAUGGACAGAAUAGGAGGAGGGCGUUUUUAUUAGAAAAGGUGCUUUUGGGUUGGAAUCACACCGUGAGAGGAGAUGCGCAGAGCGUGGAUACUCUUCUUUCUAAUAGAAGAGGGUUUCGCUCUGGCACAGAGAACUAAAGACUCCCCAAGCGAACAUGGCGGCCAGAGCCCCAACCAGAACGACUGUGGCACGUGGGUCCGCAACAUCAACGGCGGGGUGUUCACAUCACCAAACUACCCCACCACCUACCCACCCAACAAGGAGUGCGUUUAUAUCCUGGAAGCUCUCCCUAGACAAAGGAUUCAGCUGGCUUUUGAUAAGAAUUACUACAUCGAGCCAUCAUUCGAGUGCCGCUUCGAUCACAUCGAAAUCCGCGAUGGGCCAUUUGGGUUCUCGCCGCUCAUCGAUCGCUUCUGCGGGGGAAAGAACCCGGGCCUGGUUACAUCGACGGGACGCUUCAUGUGGAUCAAGUUCACCAGCGAUGAAGAGCUGGAAGGCCUUGGCUUCCGCAUUAAGUACACUUUCAUUGCAGAUCCUGAUUUCCAUCUGCACGUGGGCGGACUGCUAAACCCCAUCCCAGACUGUCAGUUUGAAAUCGGUGGAUGGGAUGGGGUUAUUCGCUCCAGUCAGGUGGAGGAGGAAGAGAGGGUGAAGCCUGGUGAUGCUCUGGACUGUAUCUGGACCAUCAGGGCUCCUCCUCAGUCCAAGAUCUACCUGCGCUUCAUGGAGUACCAGAUGGAACACUCUAACGAGUGCAAGAAGAACUUCGUGGCCGUGUACGACGGCAGCAGUGCCAUCGAGAACCUCAAGGCCAAGUUCUGUAGCACCGUUGCCAAUGAUGUGAUGCUGGAUAACGGCGUGGGAGUCGUGCGAAUGUGGGCUGACGAGAAGAGCCGACUCAGCCGAUUCCGCAUGCUCUUCACCUCAUUUGUUGACCCCCCCUGUUCCAGCAAUACGUUUUUCUGCCACAGCAACAUGUGCAUUAACAACUCCCUGGUGUGCAAUGGAGUCCAGAACUGUGUCUACCCAUGGGAUGAAAACCAUUGCAAAGAGAAGCGAUCUAAGGGUCUUUUUCAUCAGAUCACCAAGACCCACGGCACCGUCAUUGGCGUCUCAUCAGGCAUAGUUCUGGUUCUUCUUAUCAUCUCUAUCCUGGUCCAGAUGAAGCAGCCGAGGAAAAAGGUUGUAGCUCGCCGGCCCGGUGUGUUCAACAAGGCGGGCUUCCAGGAGGUGUUCGACCCACCCCACUACGAGCUCUUCUCCCUACGUGACAAGGAGAUAUCGUCAGAUUUAGCUGACCUUUCUGAAGAGCUGGACAGCUUCCACAAGCUGCGGCGCUCCUCCACCAUGUCCCGCUGCGUCCACGAGCACCACUGCGGCUCUCAAGCCUCGGUGGCUACCGGCGGCGGCGGCGGCAGCAUGAAGCACAGCCGCACCACCCUGAGUUCCAUGGAGCUGUCCUACCACAACGACUUCUCCAAGCCACCGCCCAUGAAGACUUUCAACUCCACCUCCAGCUACAAGAAGAGCUGCUACGGCUACAAGCAGCACUCACAGACUCACGACUGCGACCAGCAGGUCAUCGAGGACCGCGUCUCAGAGGAGAUCCCAUGUGAGAUCUAUGGGCGUGGCGGAGGAGGAGUGGGAGGAGGAGCCACGGGGGGAGCAAUGGGAGCAAUGGGAGCAAUGGGAGGAGGAGGAGCAUCAGGGAUUGCAGGAGGAGGGAUUGGAGGAGCGGUAGGGAUAACGGGAGGAGUGGCGAUGCCUGGGGGAAUGGGUAUGGCGGGAGGAGUGGGCAUGGCGGGGCCUAGUGGCAUCGCUGGAGGUAUCGGCGGCGGGAUGGCAGGAGCUUGCGGAACCCUCAGCGUCCGUGGCAACAGCGCUCGUAACAGCGCCACCAUAGUUGACCCACAACAGCGCUCCAUGUCCAUGGACUUCUAGAUGGUGAACGGAGAAAGAAAAGGAGAAUGGGAAUGCAGAAAGAGCUCGCGUUUCACUCACCGAAAGAAGAGACUGAAGAAGAGAAGACCGGAGAGUCACAAUAAUCUGAGAUUGAUCACUCCUCUUCCCUCUUCUGCCUUUGCUUUCAAAGCAAUAUUCAAAGUAUUGCACACAUAAGGAUCUUCUCUCAAAGUCUGGUUUGAAGGUUUGGGAAAUUGGCAGAUAAGAAUCAAGGAUUGAAAAGAGGGGGAAAAAAACAGGACUAUUCUUCAAGAUAAUGAAGGGUGAAGGGAGGGUGGAGACAUCUCGUCUCUCCUCCAGUCUCAUGCUCAUUUAAUCUCUCCUUCUCAUAAGACACAUAUAAGAAGAGGGUUCUCGCAUGCAGACCCAGACUUCUCUCUGUUUGGUUGCCUAGAAGACCAGGUAAACCACUCAGAAACAAGGAGAGAAAAAGGAUGAAGAGACCUUCUUGGACUGAGUUUCUACAUUUAUUCACCUGCCAUGCACAGAUAUACGCUAUAUAGUGCGUCUUCUAAUAAUUUGAGUCUUUAUUUUUGUCAGUGUACGGUACUGUUAAAACCAGUAUAUAUCCAGCCUCAUGAUGAUGCUCGGCUUUUAACUCUUUAAUCUUUUUCAAAUGUUGCUCAGAUGAUUUUACGAAGAUGACUUAUCCAUGAAGACAUAAUGGCAUUGAUGAGGAUGAUGAAGUUGCUGUUGUUGAUGAUGAUGAUGAUCAGAAAUAUAAUGAUGAUGUUAAUGAUGUGAUAUUACUAUAAUAAUUCUGUAAUUUUCAUGGUUACCUCACACAUACACAGAAAGUACGCUCCAUUCAGUCUCUCCUCAGGAAGAGCACAUGAAGAGACUUAUUUUAGUAAGAAAUAGAGAAAAAAGUCUUUAAUAGCAUUCAGGCUGUGGGUGAUCAUUUAUGGAAUAUGAAAUGUUUGGUUGUGAGAUCUGUGGACUGGAUCAAAAUAGAAACCAUCCCACUCCCAACCCCCACCCUUACCAGAAGAAAUUGUAAUUUCUCAAUUUCCCCCAUGAACUGAGUGUGUAAAACAAGCACAACCUGUUUCCCUGAAGAGACAGACAUGUAGCCUAUGUGGGACUCAUUUAUGAUUUUUAACCACCGGUUGUAUAAUUUCAUUCUGUUGAAUUAAAUGAGAGCUUACUCACC